GGCCAGUGGCAGGAGCGGCGCGCCGCCAGCCGCGGGGGGCGUGGGAUGGGGGAGGUGGCGGAGGGGAGCGCCCGCAGCCACUAGAGCCAACCGCGCACUUCCGAAGGGUGUCGCGGCUGCGCUCCCCUCCCGCGCCCCGGGAACUUCAAAGCGGCCCGUGCUGCGGGCUGCUCUCUGGGACCCCGAAGCUUUGCACCGCCACCGGGUGGCCAUGAACCCGGCGCUCGGCUCAGCACUGAGUCUGGCCCUCCUGCUGGUGGCCCUGGUCGCCGACCUUGCGGCAGGACUGAAGUGUGUGUGUCUUUUGUGUGAUUCUUCAAACUUUACCUGCCAAACUGAAGGAGCAUGUUGGGCCUCUGUCAUGCUAACCAACGGGAAAGAGCGGGUGAUCAAAUCGUGCGUGUCCCUCCCGGAAUUAAAUGCUCAGGUCUUCUGUCACAGUUCCAACAACGUGACCAAAACUGAAUGCUGUUUCACAGACUUCUGCAACAACAUCACGCUGCACCUUCCCACAGCAUCUCCAAAUGCCCCCAGACUUGGCCCCACAGAGCUGACGGUUGUCAUCACUGUGCCGGUGUGUCUCCUGUCCAUAGCAGCCAUGCUAACGAUAUGGGCCUGCCAGGACCGCCAAUGCACAUACAGGAAGACCAAGAGACACAACGUGGAAGAACCGCUGGCAGAGUACAGCCUUGUAAAUGCUGGAAAGACACUCAAAGAUCUGAUAUAUGAUGCCACUGCCUCGGGCUCAGGCUCUGGUCUGCCUCUUUUGGUUCAAAGAACAAUCGCAAGGACCAUUGUACUUCAGGAAAUCGUAGGAAAAGGUCGGUUUGGGGAAGUGUGGCACGGAAGAUGGUGUGGAGAAGAUGUAGCUGUGAAAAUAUUCUCCUCCAGAGAUGAGAGAUCUUGGUUCCGUGAGGCAGAAAUUUAUCAGACCGUGAUGCUGAGACACGAGAACAUCCUCGGUUUCAUCGCGGCUGACAACAAAGAUAAUGGAACUUGGACUCAACUUUGGCUUGUGUCAGAGUAUCACGAACAGGGCUCCUUAUAUGACUAUCUGAAUAGAAACAUAGUGACCGUGCCUGGAAUGGUCAAGCUGGCACUUUCAAUAGCGAGUGGCCUCGCUCACCUGCACAUGGAGAUCGUGGGUACUCAAGGUAAGCCUGCUAUUGCUCACCGAGAUAUAAAGUCAAAGAAUAUCUUAGUGAAAAAAUGUGACACUUGUGCUAUAGCUGACUUAGGGCUGGCUGUGAAACAUGAUUCUAUCAUGAAUACUAUAGACAUACCCCAGAAUCCUAAAGUGGGAACAAAGAGGUAUAUGGCUCCUGAAAUGCUUGACGAUACAAUGAACAUGAGCAUCUUUGAGUCCUUCAAGCGAGCUGACAUCUAUUCGGUGGGGCUGGUUUACUGGGAAAUAGCUCGAAGGUGUUCGGUCGGAGGGCUUGUUGAGGAGUACCAGUUGCCUUACUAUGACAUGGUGCCUUCAGAUCCUUCGAUAGAAGAAAUGAGGAAGGUUGUUUGUGAUCAGAAACUCCGACCAAAUCUCCCAAACCAGUGGCAAAGCUGUGAAGCGCUCCGGGUCAUGGGAAGAAUAAUGCGUGAGUGCUGGUACGUCAACGGGGCAGCACGCCUGACAGCCCUGCGCGUGAAGAAGACCAUCUCUCAGCUGUGUGUCAAGGAAGACUGUAAAGCCUAACGCCGAGUACAAGCAAAGGAAAACCGCUCACGGCUCUCUUUCAUGUCUCCUGCUUUGUGUGAAUGGUUUUGCUUCUUUUCUGCUGGGUUUUAUUUUAGUUCUACCUCAAGGAUGAUCCACUGCAGUGUUGAAGUGUCCCAAAGGCAGCAUGAAAAGAUAACUGUCAAGUUAAGCAUGAGCAGGUCUUGACUUUCCCAGUUUCCAUGUUGUCCUUAGUUUUAGUUUUAAAGGGGACAUGACUCAUUUUUUUUCUUUUUAUUUAAGAAGAGAGAUGUUAUGAGUAUAAGAUAAGCUACAUACAAUGGUUAAAAAAAUUAAAUUUUUAUUAUACUUGAACCAAGAGCAUCCACAAAUGAGAUGAAGACAUAUUUAAAAUGUGAACUAGGGUAUGUUAUAGUGAAAUGGAACUGUAAACAUUAACUGGACCCCUGAGAAGUAAAAUUUGCUCCAAAUUUUAACAUCUAAAGACUAGAGAGUUAGAGUAUCAAAGUGAGACCAUGUCUUCAGGACUUGCAUUCUACACCUGUGUGUCACUCUUCAUCACUCUGACAGCUGUCCCUAAGUUGUUUGAAAGCCACCCAAGCUAUUACUCCUGAUACAUAACAGAGGUCCGGAUGUCUUGAACACUGUGAAAUGGUCCAGAGUCACAGAGCUCUUGCCAGAGAUGGUCACAAAACCCUGUGACAAUUAGCACUGUGAAGUUUGCUGGCCACUAUAUUCCCUUGAAUUCUCAUAGUGCAUUUCUUCCCCAGUGGGAGCAUUUUCAGUUGUAAUAUUUUAAAUUUCAUCACAUAGGAAGUGAGUACAUUGUGUAUUUUGUAAGACCAUAAUAGAUUUUCUAGAAUUUCAGAACCAAACCCUUAGAAUUUCAUCAUAGAAAUGACAUAGCUAUCCCAUUCAAUAAUAAAAAAAAAAAUGUUUUCUGAACCCUGCCGAAUAUUGACCAAUUAUAAGCGUACAUUUUCUAAAGAUGUAUGUCUUAAGAUGUCAUUGCUUUUGAGGUACAUACUUGGAAAGAAAAUGACAUAAGGGUAAACAAGAGUUUGAAAAAAAAUUAAGAGAACUCUUCCAAAUGAGUUUAACCACUUCUGUACCAGAGGAUCACAUUGGUUGUUACACUACAUUCCUGGCCUUUUAAGAGGGAUCAUGUGUGGCGGGCGGGAUUUGGAGAGUACAUCUCCUUUUUUGAUGUACAAAAUAUUUAACAGGGCACCAGAUGUUUCCUUCAAAUGUACUUUAGUGAAGGUGAUUUAACUCAAUGUCUUUCAGUGUUCUGAAACACUGUUUCCCAAACCCUAUUCCUUAGAGCUUUCUUCUGCCUAGAAGUUCUUAGAACAGAAGUACUCUCUUACAAGGUCUUGAAGAGUGACAGGUUAACGUAUUCUGUUCUUUGAUGGUUCUGGCAGUAAAGACACUUUCCAAGGACAUUUUCAAGGCUAAAUAUUUGAUUACUUCUAGUGCAGCCUUUCCAUUAUAAAUAGGGCUAAGUUUUACUAUCCAGCAUUUAGGUGUGCUCUAAAGUCCAACAUGGGAAAUAACGUUCUGAAGGGUGCAGCUGUGUGUUCCAUAGGAAGGCAACUUGAUGUCUGAGUUUCAUUGUGGAGAUGUGUUACUGGAUCAUCUCAUUUGACUAAGUGGAGAUAAGAGAGACAAAGGGCUCUGACAGCUGUGGGGUUUGCAUGCAUAUACUUUCAUUCCCAGUCAUGCCCUCAUCCAUUUAUAAGCAUGGGACACCCCAUAACUUGCUUGCCACAAUAUUGGGUACAAGAGGGAAUAAUAAGAUAGAUAGGUCCUGCCCUCAGGGAUUUUAAAGUCUAAUUUGGGAGUGGGAAAAGGCAUGUGAGUAUGAGGAAAGAGAGUAAAUUGACAGAUAAAAUAUGCAGUGGGAUGCCUUUGAGUUCUGUGUGACAAUGGUUUCUAGAAUAGGUCUGAAAAUCACUUCCAAUUUGCAACACAUUUAGAAGGGAUCUUUAUUUAGAUAUUACAGCCUAAUUAUAUCAUCAGUAUCAAAAGGUGUGCCUACGUGAAUGGAUGUUAAGAAGAACCGUGUGAGGGGAGA